AUGAUGCGUCAUCUAAGCUGGUCACGUUUGAUGGGUACUGUAUUGUAUUAUAGUAUUUUGGGCACUUUUAUUUUCACGGGUAUUCUUCUUGGAACGACUAUUCUGAUUGUAAUUGAUAUUGUGGACGAAAUUGGCGAAUUUCGUACAGAAGUUAAACAGGAUAUCGAUCAGUUCAAGAUGGUAAUUUCGGUUCAAAUGAUAUUACUACUCCAUGGCAGAAUUCCCCGCGUAACGUCAGCGUUUCAGACCUAUGCAGAUGACGCAUGGGAGGUGAUGAUGACCGCACGAGAGAAUCCACCAUCCAAGCGGUAUAACAGAUUUUACGACUCUAUUAUUCGCGGCAAAAGAGGUGGAACAUAUACAUCACAACAUCUCGAAGAUAUGGAAGCAACUGCUGAAAGUGAUUGUCAAUGCGCAGCCAAGGCAUUAUCAUGCCCUCGAGGACCACCUGGACCUCCGGGACAUGCGGGUAUCCCGGGUGAAGACGGUAUUCCGGGAAUUCCAGGUCACCCAGGUGGUCCAGGCGUGUCCGCAUAUUCGUCACUGUUGUCCAACUGCAUUCAAUGCCCCGCUGGACCUCCUGGUCCCCGGGGACCAGAUGGAGAACCUGGUCCAGAAGGAAUUCCUGGACUCCCCGGGAUGGAUGGACGUGAAAGCCUGGAAGGUCCAGUAGGACCUCCCGGACGCCCAGGACCUCGUGGUCCCGAUGGAAAUCGUGGUAGCCCAGGACGAGACGGACAACCAGGAGAACCAGGAACUCGAACAACCAAUUAUCCAGGACCAGAAGGUCCUCCAGGUCCACAAGGGCCACCAGGUCCAGAUGGUCAAGAUGGCAACAAUUAUGGUAAUGGAGCGCCAGGACCAGCAGGACCUCCAGGUAGACCUGGUAAUCCAGGUCGCUCUGGGCUACCAGGUGUGCCGGGUCAGCCCGGUUCAACUGGAACGCAUGGAUCAGACUCUCACUACUGUCCGUGCCCACCAAAAAGUAGAGGCCACUUCUGGACAGAGGAUGAUGAGCCUGAAAGUGUUGCCAAAAGAAGAAGAGGUCGGGUUCAGAAGAGGCAGAAGUCAUAA